AUGGCUCUGGUCUAUACCAAGCGUGGUGAUACACUCAUCCCUUGUUGGGUGGAGACUGGAUACAUUGUUGAUUUGGAUGACCUCUCUUGUCAGAUUGACGCCAAUGCUCUGGACGAACAUUUGCCAAAGUUAAGCAAAGCAAGUUUGCUUAGUUUGAUUGAGCGUGGUGAUGGCGUGAUGGCAAACAAGAGUUUGGAGAAAGAGCGCUUGAAUAUGAAAAAGCCUGAGAUGAUUGCCUACAUCAAAGAGCACUGGGACUACAUCCUGAGGACUACAACCAAUGCCAAGAUGUUGUUUUCCCAGCGUUGCCAGAUUUCAGAAGCGAUGGAUAAGCUACUUGCUCCUCUUGAGACCGCCACCAAGGGCAUGAGGGAGGAGAUUAAGGAGGAUGGUAAGCGCACUGUCUUGUUGAUGAAUAAGUAUGGAGCUCCAACCAUCACCUCGGCUUUCCGUGUCUUCUACUAUGGCACUCAGCUUCAUGUCAGCACUGCUGAGGGUUGCUACUUGGCAGACGAUGACAUCCUGACUACAGAAAAUGUGGUGUUGCUGAACCGUGAUGACAUGGAAGAGGAGGAGGGUGAUACAUCAUCUAAUGCUUCUUCCCGGUCAGGAGAAGCUGGUGAAGAGGAAGAGUUUGAUGAGAACCUCCUUUACACGGACAAGUUCCCUGAGCUCAAUGAUGACAGUGAGUUAAUGAAGUCCUGCGACAACAAGCAGAUGCUUGAAAUCUUCACCAAGAACAAGGAGCACUGCAUCAAGUUGUUCUUUGACUUCAGCGAUACUCAUGUUGAAGAUGUCUGCCAAGAGAUUGGGGAGAUUACCAACAUGGGCUCAGACCAGUUCAUCCUCAUUGGUGUCCUUGAUGGCAAGAAGUGGGAGCACUACAUGCGCCUUGACAACCUCACCGACCAUCAGGCCUACUUGCAGUUGGUCUUGAAGGGUGGUGGCAAAACAAUCAAGAAGGACAAGGAGGAGAAACAGAAGAAGAUUGCCGACAUCAAGAACAUUCUUGACAAUACCUAUGCAAAGGCAAACGCCAAGUCAGGGGCUUUGAAGGAGAAGGAUGAGAACAUCAAGAAGCUUGACAAGGAGGUCAAAGCCUUCUCAGACAUCCUUGAGAAGAAUGGCACAGGCAACGCCUUUGACUAUCUCAUGGAGAAGUUGAAUGUGGCUCAGCUUUCUGGUGUGACUUGUCGCCUUGAAGCAUUGAAUGGCAACCCGGACUUCAAGUUGAAGAAGGCAUCGGUCUUCAUGUUUGGUGAUGUGGCAAUUGAGCUUGAGAAGACAGUGGAGCACAUUGGCUCUAUGGUGCUCUACGGCUACAAGAAGUUGAAGAUGGAGAAGGAAGAAAAGGGUGAGACCUUCACCCUCACACAGUUCAAGAAGAUUGUUGAGCUGAAAAGGGCUACUAAGAUGGGAGCCCUGAGUUCUGGUGACGUUGCAAUGUAG